UUGUAGCGUUAGGGAAAAUAAAUUUUAAAAUUACUGCCGUGACUACAUACCAUGACAAGGAUAAAAUAAUAAACAAUUUUAAUUAACCAAUCACUUAGGUUUAUUUGGCAUUAAUAGUUUUUUGUUAAAUAGGUGUCCGAGGGCAAGAUGCGCGAAAUACCAGACUGCUUGAACAGGCGUUACCAGGCUUUGGAUGAGCUCAUCAGAGAGCUGUCCUCUCUAUCCAGCCCAGGGUCAGAGGAGGAGGUCGGCGAGCCAGGCAAUGAGGCCGGCAUCAAACUCAUGUGCGACUUCUGGAACAUUCUGAAGGAAGACCCCGAUUGUAACUUGACGCAAGCAGUCCGUCAACGCAUGGGAUUGAGCGCAAAGCCCAGUCGGAAUUUUCGGCCGCAGCACGUGACGUGCUACAUGGCUUGUAGCAACAACAGCAAUGAAAGCAGCAGGAAGAAACAUACGUGUGACAAAAGUCCAGAACAGAAGUCUCCAGAAGCCAGAGGUACAUGCUGCAGCUCAAAAUCAGUUUCACCUAAAUCUACAACUGAAGCUCUGCCCUUGAGUAAAGUUUUAUGUAAUCUAAAAGAGGCUGUGUCGUUCGACAAGAAAUGCAAUAUCAGAAUAGGCGAGCUGAUGUUAGCUGAAAAGCAGUUGCAAGACCAAAUUCAACACUUGGAACACAGAGAAAAAGAAGGCAUUCAGAUGUUGAAGCAGGCUGACUGCAUGUGGUCAUGCAUGGAAGAAGCGUACAAGAAAAAAGUGGCAGAAUCUUUGGAAAGACAGGGUGUUCUUUUGAAGCAGAUGAAAGAAGUAGAAACCAGUAACACGAAAUGGCGUAAGAACAAAAAAGACUUAGAAUUUCAAUUAAACAAUGUUAAUAAGUGCUACCAAGAGAUUACAGAGAGAAUUUACGAAAAAACUAAUGACGUCAAUUGCAUCAAGAUGGAAAUAGAGAAUUUCAAAAAAAGGAUAGAGAGCAAUAAAAAAGAUACAGCCGCCGUUAAGAAAUCGUUUAGUAACAAGAAAACUGCUUCUGACGCCAAAGUGGCAAGCCUAGCUGCAGAAAUGACAAGACUGAAACAGGCCAUCGCGGAAGAAAACUAUCACAAGCAUGAAAAAGAAGAAGAAGGCAACCAAUACGUAAAGGAAGCAAGGGACGACUUGCAAAAAAUUUGCAAAGUUCUAUUGCAAAAGAAGCUGGAAAAUGAAGAUCUAAAAGCAGAGAAAGAAGCACUAUUACAAGAAAUAGAAUUGCUUAAAAAAACUUGCGAUCAAUGUCGGGAAAAAUGUCAAAAUAAACAACAAGCUAUUAUAGACGAAAUUGCUAAGAUUGAUAAUGAAAUAGCUGGAUUCAAAGUGAGAUGCAUAAGAUGUCAUGAGUGUACUGACACUGCCGACGUUAGGAAAUUUUGUACCGACUGCCCUCGAUGCGCCGAAGAAAGAGACUGUUUAUAUGAAGAUGGUCAUUGCUUCCCGGACAGCGCUAUGGAUUGUGUGUGUAUGAGUACAAAACAGAAAUUUUUAGAUAAUGUUUUCGAUAAUAUGUACACGGUUCUAGAGAGACAAGCUAAAACGUGCCCUGGCAAAGCAGUUGCCGAACAAGUACUAAAUUGUUUAAAGAAAAGUAGAAAUGGGAAGUUGAACGAAGAAACAAGGAAGAUUUUGCAGGAUUUCGUCCUUACUACUGUUAAGAAGAAUUUAAAUUUGACUAUUAUUGGAGGUGCUGUGAAGACUCGUUGUGAGAUGGACCCAGAGACUUAUAAACAGUUAAUGCUAUGUUUGAAACAAGUUAAGACAGUAAAGGCACCAAAAGUUGAUAAAGGAACGGCUGCCAAAAAGGAUCCAUGCCGCCGAUGGGGAGGCGCCAGCGAGUGUAAUUGCCCGAAGGGUCCUAAAGCCUGUAUCUGUACUAAAAAAGCACCCCCACCUCCAAAUGAUCCUGAACCGUGCCCACCACAGCAGGAUAAAGAAGAUGCUGGUGAAGUGAUGGUUUGCCCUCACAGAGAGUCGGCCUCAUGCGGUCCAGACUGUGCGUUGCACGCGGUCCCCAGCGUAGGCACAGAAGUUGCGGCAUGGAGACCAGCUCCUUGCGACGAGAAGCAGUGCCAGUUCUCCAAGAAUAUGAGGGCGGCACAGUGCGUACUUGGACCCGACUCACUCUCAUCAGUAUCCAAAUCUAAAGGCUACGUCGCGGCCACUCCACAUAUGCCGGACAUAUCUGAGCUUGAAGAUCAGAUUACUUGCAAAUGUGGAUCUGCAGCUGCUAAGCCAUGUUCGUGUCGUAAAGAACUAAAAAGCCACCCUCGUGAAAGAAUAAUUGAGGAAGUCAUGGGAAGAUAUACGGAUGUGACACCUAUAGAGAAAGUGAGUUAUGCAAUUCUAAGUGAUGAGUCUAUCAAUAUUGUACAGCGCAACUAUUGAAUUCAACAUCUAAUUUACGUUUAUCAAAUAGGUGAUAAAUUUAUUGUUUUAACUGUUUUGAAUGUGAUACUUAUGUCAA